GGCCUCAGCUGGCGCUACGAGAUGCGCAGACAAUGCCAAGAGAUUCUUCCCGAGGCACUCUAUCUCGGACCAGCCGACAGCGGCCGCUAUCUGCCCCCACUGCACGCACUGGGCAUCACGGCGAUCGUCAUUGUGCGAACGGACGUCGAGGCGCCCUUUCUCAAGCCGCGUUUCCCCAACCAGUUCCAAUAUGCCGUCUUUGACGUCGGCGAUCGCUUUGAGCAGAACCUCAUCCGUAUCGUCCCUGAGCUCGUCAGCUUCAUCGAUGGUGCCACGCGGGACGGAGGAAAGGUGCUCGUGCACGACGACAAUGGCAUCAGCAGGGCGCCGGCGCUCGUCAUCAUGUACCUCAUGGAGAAGUUCUCGGUCUCGUACGACGUCGCGGCCGCCCAUGUCCAGGAGAGGCGGUAUUGUGUGCAUCUCAACGAAGGCUUUGUCGUCCAAUGCAAG